GGCUUCCGUUCCGAGAGGGCGGGGCGGCGUCCCAAAACGGAAGGUGGUUGUCGCCUGUGCCCGAGCUGGUUUGAAACUAGGGGUCGGGCUCGGCCGUCGUCGUUGUUUGUAGCCGCAUCCCCGCUUCGGGGUAGGCCGUUCCCGCUCGCUCCCUCCUCUCCUCCCUUCGGACCCAUAGAUCUCAGGCCCGGCUCCCCGCCCGACUCGCACCCCGCCCGCCGCAGCCCACUGUUGACCCGGCCCGUACUGCGGCCCCGCGGCCACCAUGUCCCUGCACGGCAAACGGAAGGAGAUCUACAAGUAUGAAGCGCCCUGGACGGUCUACGCGAUGAACUGGAGUGUGCGGCCCGAUAAGCGCUUUCGCUUGGCGCUGGGCAGCUUCGUGGAGGAGUACAACAACAAGGUUCAGCUUGUUGGUUUAGAUGAGGAGAGUUCAGAGUUUAUUUGCAGAAACACCUUUGACCACCCGUACCCCACCACAAAGCUCAUGUGGAUUCCUGACACAAAAGGUGUCUAUCCAGACCUACUGGCAACAAGUGGCGACUAUCUCCGUGUGUGGAGGGUUGGUGAAACAGAGACCAGGCUGGAGUGUUUGCUAAACAAUAAUAAGAACUCUGAUUUCUGUGCUCCCCUGACCUCCUUUGACUGGAAUGAGGUGGAUCCUUAUCUUUUAGGUACCUCAAGCAUUGAUACGACGUGUACCAUCUGGGGGCUGGAGACAGGGCAGGUGUUAGGGCGAGUGAAUCUUGUGUCUGGCCACGUGAAGACCCAACUGAUCGCCCAUGACAAAGAGGUCUAUGAUAUUGCUUUUAGCCGGGCCGGAGGUGGCAGGGACAUGUUUGCCUCUGUGGGUGCUGAUGGUUCAGUGCGGAUGUUUGACCUCCGCCAUCUAGAACACAGCACCAUCAUUUACGAAGACCCACAGCAUCACCCACUGCUUCGCCUCUGCUGGAACAAGCAGGACCCUAACUACCUGGCCACCAUGGCCAUGGAUGGAAUGGAGGUGGUGAUUCUAGAUGUCCGGGUUCCCUGCACACCUGUCGCCAGGUUAAACAACCAUCGAGCAUGUGUCAAUGGCAUUGCUUGGGCCCCACAUUCAUCCUGCCACAUCUGCACUGCAGCGGAUGACCACCAGGCUCUCAUCUGGGACAUCCAGCAAAUGCCCCGAGCCAUCGAGGACCCUAUCCUGGCCUACACAGCUGAAGGAGAGAUCAACAAUGUGCAGUGGGCAUCAACUCAGCCCGACUGGAUCGCCAUCUGCUACAACAACUGCCUGGAGAUACUCAGAGUGUAGUGUUGGUGCCGCUGUGCCCACGAGGCAGGGGCUUUUGUGUUUCCUGCCUCUGCCCCACCCCCAAAGUAAGAAGAAACAUGUUUCCAGUGGCCAGUAUGUCUUUCAUUGCUUUGCACCCACUGUUACCAGAAGCUGCUCUAGGAGUUCCUGGCCAGUCACCCCGUCGCCCUCUGUGGCAGACUCAGUGCUGUGUGGCGCCUCAGCCCAGGGCUGAGUUUUAAGAUUUUCUCUCCUUUCCUCUUCUCCUUUGGUUCCUCAAUUAAAAACGUGUGUAUAUUUGUUUGUCAGGCGUUGUGUUGAGGAGCAGUUCAUGCACUGGCUGUGUCUAUUCCUCUGCCCAGGUGUCUGUGUGUUUGCUGCCCAAGGCAGCAGUCCACGUCUCAUCCAUGUCCAUGUUCGUGUUAGCACUUACGUGGGAACAAAUACCAAUUUGUCUUUUCUCCUAGUAUCAGUGUGUUUAACAAAUUUUAACUUUGUAUAUUUGUUAUCUAUCAGGCUAAUUUUUUUAUGAAAAGAAUUUUACUCUCCUCCUUCAUUUCUUUGUCUUGUAGACCUCCCUCUUUGCACCUUCUUCUCUUCCCUCAGUGCCUGGAGCUGGUACUGGGCCCCUGGCCCCAUGAGCAGUUUGCCUUCUUGAGUCACUGCCUGAGUAGUACAUACCUGACCGGGAGUCCAAACCACCUUGGUGCUCUGAAGUCCACUCAUCACACCUUUAUUAGCCUGGCUCCUCUCAAGGGCACUCUGGGCUUCUAAACAGACAUAGGAAGCCUCUGUUUACUCUGAAGCACCACUGUCCAGCCCCAUUGGUUCCCACUGGGAGCAUGGUAGAGCUGAGAGAGACAGGCUCUCAGGGUACCUGAGUUGAGGGGAAUCGUUUCAGGAAGCUGAACUUCAAGCAUAUUUCCAGUACAUUCUUUCAGAGUCUGUUUUUCCAUCCAAAUAUAAGCCCCAGGCCAUUCCACUUAGUGUCUUUUCAAUGAUAGGCAAGAAUGAUAUCUGAGUUGAACUUCGGUGCUUCUGUUGGUUGAGUUUACUGUGCCUGGUGGUAUAUUGGGCAUUCUUUGGAUUGAGUGCUCUGAAGUGAGAGAGUCUUCCCGAGAGGCAUCCUGUCUGUGCUUCCAACCCUGAACAAGACCUUACAUGAGAGAUGGACGGGUGGACUGCGGCAAUCCUGGGCUGUCAAGUGGAUAGAUAACUAAAAAGCAUUAUACUGUGGGUAAUGAAAAGGGAGAAAAAAAAAGAAGGAAAAGGAAUUAUAGACCCCCAGGGUCAGCCAGUUAAGAGCUCUACCCACACCUGUCAACCCCUCUCUCCCCCAGUUUAGGUUCUGAGCAGUAUUGGACUUGUAGCCUGCAGUUGUCUUUUGACUUGCAGGCCACAGGUGUCUUUCCAUUAUGUGAAUGAGUUUUAUGGAGGGGCAUGUGUGUGAUUCCACCAUUAGAUGAGCCCUUAGGGCAGGCAGUUUGGGACGUGCUCUGGAGGGAAAGUUGGCUGGUUCCUUGCGCUCUGCUCCUACCUGAAGGUUUUUAAGUCCCUCUGAAUUGCUCAUCUGCGAUUAGUAGAGUAGCAGGCCUGAAGGACGAUGGUUUUGUCCUCUGGCUGUCACCUGCUUGAGAAGUAAAACAGUAACUUUGUUCUCCUGGGCCCUUAAGCUUUUUUGGUGAAGUCUUCCUUUUCAGAAGUAGAUAUCAUUAUAUGCCAAAAGUCUAGCUCUUUGCUUUACCGUACAGGGACCUGUCCCAAAGAAAAAGGCUCUUUUUUUAGCCAGGGUAUUUACCCUUCUACCCUUUUACUUUGUUGUUCUGAUUUUAGGACUCUGGCUGGCCAUGUGCUUGCAGUUGCCUCUCCUACAUUUGCCACUGGAUUUGCACUGCAUCAUUUGGAGAUAUAAAGCGAGCAGUUCUUGGUCAGAACCUUUCUCUGCUUUUCAUUGUGUUUGAUAAUGGUUACUGGGUCCUUCUCUCAAGGGUAGCAAGGCCAAGCUGAUGGCUGCUUGUUUAGGAGGCCAUCAGUUCCUUGUGGAGAAGGGUCGGAAAUGGAAGUCAGUGGUAGAAGGGGCUGGUCUGCUGGGCAGGGCUUACAUCCACUGAGUUCUAAGAUUCCUUUCCUGAUCUGCACCUAAGCCUGGUCUGUACGGUGGAAUUUGUCAGCUGGAACUCAGAAACAACAACUUGAAAAAAAAAAUUAGGAUAUAUUUGCAUAGGAUAGCUAUUUACUCUGGAAACCAACAACUUUUGAGAUUUCCCUUGCCCUGUGGACGCCCAGCCCCUGUCAUCCUUCCUUAGGUCCUGCAGUACAGUCUUCCCCUGAAUGCCACCGGGGACCCAGGGGAGACUCCACCCCCCUAAGCAAGCACACACAUACUCACAGUUGAUGAGUUGCUGGUCUUUGAGUCCCAGCUCUCUCACCCUCCCUUUACUCCACCAGCCCGACGACCCAUGACUGAGGAGGGGAUUUCUACAGUCUCAGGAUUUAGAAAGCCUCUAAGCCAGCCAUGCUCCAGAAAGCACAGAUCUGUUGUAGUUGCAAAAACAACUCUCUGUAAUUUGUUAAGGUUCUCAAAUUGACAGCCAGCGAGACUGCCCUUAUCCUGAGUCAGCCUUCCUGGGCCAUAAAUUGGGCAUCCGUGAUGCUAGGUAACUGUGGGAACAAGAUGACAGCUCAGAGCAGCCAUGGGUGAUGUUUGGUGGUAAAAAACCUACAGGCGUUUGGGGUCCCAUGAUUGUUCCAGACCAUGGCUCUUCCUGGUUGUGGGUUUGUUACAGAGCAGGAGAAGCAGAGGUUAUUACAGUUAUGCAGACUUUCCCCCUCCUUUUUCUCUUUUCUCUUCCGCUUGCUUUUCCACUGUUUCUUCCCUGCUGCCACCUGGGUCUUGAAUUCCUGGGCUGUGAAGAUAUGGAGGAGCUGCAGGGUUUACCACAUGUCGGGGGGCAGCCCAGUACUGUCCCUCUGCCUUCCCCACUUUGAGAAUAUGGCAGCCCCUUCCAUUCCUGGCUUGGAGUAGGGGAGACCAUUGAAGUAGAGGCCUCAAAGCAGACUUUUCCCUUUACUGUGUGUACUCCAGGACGAAGAGGGAAGAUCAUACUUAAUACUUAGAUUGGUCUUCCCAGGGAAGAGGGUGGAGCAGAGCAAAGUCACUGUGAACCCUGGGCCAGCUCCUGAGAGCGUCUCGUGUUGCAGAGCCUUGCCCACUUCACCCACCUGCACCUUCUCCUCUUCCCACAGUGUCACUGCUGCUAAUGGUCAAAGUCAAAUGUGUGGCCACAUGGGAUGGGCUAGGUCCUCUCAGGCUACUUUCUGGAUGUCAUUUUCAAAAUAUGGGAACAUGCAGGUGCCUUCCCAAAGAGGCUUGGACUGGUAUAUCCAACCAGAAACAAAUAAGCUAAAGAAAGUUUAAACUCAAGAAGAAAGAUGUUGACAGUCUAUGUAACAGCCGGAAAGUUUAUAGGCACCCACCUUUGGGACAACCCAGUGAUUAUGAACAUGUGAUAUCUACUAUUUAAAAGAAAUGUUCUCACCUUGGGUUGAUUGUGGUAUACCAUGUGUUCUGAAAAUUGUUGAGCUGAAGCUUUGAAUCGAUUUAGUUGAGUCUGACUCACUUGCUUUGGUUCCUGUGUAUUUUAUUACCCCUCUUGUCAGUGACUUUCCCUCCCUACCCCAUCCAGAGUGAAUUUGUAGCAUGAUUGUAUAAACCUCUAUGUAGAAAAUGGAGAUUUCUUGCUCUGAAAUGUUAAGCUCUAACUGAUCCAUUUCUGUGCCCUUUAGCCUAGUUUGUCUGAACUUCCAUUCUUGUUAUAUAUUUAAACUUUUCCUCUAUAUUAUAGGUUUUGUGGCAUCCAUGGUCAGGUGGAGAGGAAACUGCCCCUUGCAGAACUGUACUGUAAUAUUUUUCUUUUAUAAAUAUUUUCACAGGACUGAUUGUACACAGGGCUUGUAAUAAAAUUUUAACACUGUGCUGUGAAACAACUAUGGGGAAUCUCCAUUGAAGGCUACUUCAAGGGCACCUGAAAGUGGAGUGUUAUAGCUAUGACUUUCUAUUUCUUGUUUCCUAAGUAAAUUAAACCUAAUUUUCACCCUUUCAUUCUGUUUCAGCCUCCUGUAUAAGAAGUACCGUAUUUUCUGCCCAUCAUACUUUGUAAUAAAACUUGAACAUGUA